UUUUAUCUGUUUGGUGCUGCCAGGCUUAGGCUUGUUUCCGGCUUACAAAUGAAGAAAUCAGGCGUUUGAUGCCCAGAGAUGGUUUAGAAAAGAGCCCAAGCUGUCACUUGUCUAAUUUUGAUUACUAAAGAUAGUAUAGGACUUGCUUCACGUGGUUGUGGAGUCUAGGGUCAGUUAGUGCAAUUGAAAGGGCUUAGCACAAUGCCUGACACUCGGUAAGAACUCACUAAUUGUUAACUGUUCUUACCAGUGUUACUGUGACAACGGACCCAGCCUCCUGCUUCUGGUGGAAUGUGACAAAGUGGUCACUGAAUCCUAUGCAUCUGGUCCUCCAUUCCAGCACAUUGCAGUUUACUCCAGAUGGCAGAAUUUCCAUAGUAUCUCUGAGUCCCACAUCUUGGUGUGGGGCUUCAGUCUCAGCUCCACUGGCUAGAAAAGUAAAUGGGAUUUGCACAAAUUAAAAGCCGAACUGAAAUCCUGACUGCAGUGUUAAUAUCCUUUUCUUCUGGUUGUUACUAACAGGAAAGUCAAUGUCGUCAGAAGACCUAGAAGCCCAGGAGGAUGAAUUAUUGGCCCUGGCGAGUAUUUAUGAUGCAGAUGAGUUUAGAAAAGCGGAGUCCGUCCAAGGUGGAGAAACCAGGAUCUAUCUGGAUUUGCCACAGAAUUUCAAGAUAUUUGUGAGCGGCAAUUCAAAUGAGUGUCUCCAGAAUAGUGGCUUUGAAUACACCAUUUGCUUUCUGCCACCACUUGUGCUGAACUUUGAACUGCCACCAGAUUAUCCAUCCUCCUCCCCACCUUCAUUCACACUUAGUGGCAAAUGGCUGUCACCAACUCAGCUCUCUGCUCUCUGCAAGCACCUAGACAACCUAUGGGAAGAACACCGAGGCAGUGUGGUGCUGUUUGCUUGGAUGCAGUUUCUUAAGGAGGAGACCCUCACCUACCUGAAUAUUGUCUCUCCUUUUGAGCUCAAAAUGGGGUCUCAGAAAAAAGUUCAGAGAAGGACAACGGCUCAGGCCUCUUCCAGCACAGAGCUAGGUUUUGAAGGAGCUGCUGGAUCUGAUGUAGACCAAGAAGAAAUUGUGGAUGAGAGAGCUGUGCAGGAUGUAGAAUCAUUGUCAAGUCUGAUCCAGGAAAUCUUGGACUUCAAUCAAGCUCAGCAGAUGAAAAGCUUUAAUAGUAAAUUGUUCCUGUGCAGUAUCUGUUUCUGUGAGAAGCUGGGUAGUGAGUGCAUGUACUUCUUGGAGUGUAAACAUGUGUACUGCAAAGCCUGUCUGAAGGACUACUUCGAAAUCCAGAUCAAAGAUGGCCAAGUGAAAUGCCUCAACUGUCCAGAACCAAAGUGCUCUUCAGUGGCUACUCCUGGUCAGGUCAAAGAGCUGGUGGAAGCAGACUUAUUUGCCCGUUAUGAUCGCCUCCUUCUCCAGUCUACCUUGGAUCUAAUGGCAGAUGUGGUGUACUGCCCCCGCCCAUGCUGCCAGCUCCCUGUGAUGCAGGAGCCUGGCGGUACCAUGGCUAUCUGCUCCAGCUGCAAUUUUGCCUUCUGUACCUUGUGCAGACUGACCUAUCACGGGGUCUCCCCAUGUAAGGUAACUGCAGAGAAAUUAAUAGACUUACGAAAUGAAUACCUACAAGCAGAUGAAGCUACUAAAAGGUUCUUGGAACAGAGGUAUGGCAAGAGGGUGAUUCAGAAGGCCUUGGAGGAGAUGGAAAGUAAAGACUGGCUGGAAAAGAACUCCAAGAGCUGCCCCUGCUGUGGGACUCCCAUACAG